AUGGCGUGGUCAUGUUUAAAACGUAGUUUUUGGUUUAUUUGUAUAUUUUUCGUGUUUAGGAUUAACCUGACGUACUCUUACAAUGAUCAAUUUGUCUACCAUUCAGACGCCAUAUCGGACAGUCCCCUGGAUUUUAAACUGCUACAAAAUGAAAAGUUGCGCAGCUUGCAAAAAAGAGACGUUAUUUAUAACAAAACGGCAACGAAAGUGCCCUUAACGAUAGAAGAAGACGAGGCCAAGCCCACAAAAGUGCCUCCAGCACCAAUUCUGACGAGCGAGGUGAAAACUUUGGGAGCAAAUGGCACGGGUCAGCGAAAAUAUUACCCCGCAUCUCCCCCUCCACCGCCCACCCAGGUUAACCCUGUUGCCAAAUCUCCGGCAGCCGCUGUAGGGGCGGUUACCCCUAUUAAUAGCACCAACAACUCGAGCACCGAUGUCGACGACGAGAAUUCCGGAGACGACGAGGUGGCCAUCGCGAAAUUUUCCGACCCCGUGAAACUCAACGACACGCUAACUAAGCACAACAUCACCACCACCAGAACCGACACGCACCUGUACUACAACAGCACAUUCAAAACCGACAAAGCAACAGGUGAGCACUACUGGGUGGAUAUGGAAAACAGAUCGGAUGUAAAAGUAAACGCGUUGUUAUCGACGUCGCAUCGCAGAGCAGCGACCAUAAAACUCUCCUUCGACUUCCCCUUCUACGGGCACCUAGUCAAAAACGUAACCAUAGCGACGGGGGGGUUUUUGUAUACGGGGGAUUACGUGCACUCGUGGCUUGCUGCGACUCAGUAUAUAGCGCCUCUUAUGGCCAACUUCGAUACCAGCCUGUCUAACGUCAGUUUUAUCCGAUAUGUGGACAAUGGUACCGCUUUUACCGUGGAAUGGGAACAGGUGUCGCUUCAGGACAAGCCGCGAGAGGGCGCUUUUACGUUUCAGGUGACGUUGCACGACUCAGGCGACGUGGUUUUCGUGUACAAAACCGUACCGCUGUUCAUCGAAAACAUCAAAGACGAUCAUCAUCCGGUUAAGGUCGGUUUAUCGGACGCUUAUAUCAUGGACAGAACGGUUUUCUUUGUGAGGAGGAAGACGAUCUACGAGUAUCACAGGGUGAAUUUCCCGAAAGAGGACAUAAAAAACUGGACGGUUAUUUAUUUGAAGGCUUUGCCCACCUGUUUGGAGAGCAAGGAUUGCGAGACGUGUCUGACGAAAAAAAUACCACAGUUUAAGUGCCAAUGGUGCCCGUCGUCGCACCGCUGCUCGAACGGCAUCGACCGGCACCGGCAGGACUGGCUGGCGAAAAACUGCGAGCGCAUCAACGUCAACGACACGGCCAGCUGCGACGUCGACUUCCCGCCUUCGGGCGGCAGCAACAGCAACCAGGACCACCGCGAGUACUCGCGCUCGGGUCCGCACAGCGCGCCGGCCCGCGAGCGCCCGGAACUGGCGCGCGACGGCGACGUCGCCGCGUCGCGCGACUCUGCGCAGCUGCGGCCCGCCGAGAAGAACGGCGUGUCGGCCAUCGUGGCCGUCAUGUUCCUCAUCUGCAUCUCCAGCGGCCUGGCCCUGUGGAUCCUCUACGCCUACAGGAACCCGCACACCACCAGUGGCCAGAUGCUGAUACGGUACCGUCCCAGCCAAUGGCAUUGGCGUAGAGGCGAGGCCCGGUACACUGCUGCAACCAUACACAUGUGA